AUGGCAUUGUUCCUGGCGGAGAUGUCGCGGCUCCUGCAGGAACAACGCCGUCCGCUACCACCCUUAGUUCCAACACCUCGGACGGGGACAUUGCGUUUACAUGCCGAGAUUCCGAAAUAUUCAGGCUACGCAGAUAGAAAAUCGGUUGCUGAUUUUCUUGACGAAUUGCGUGAAUACCAGGCGGUGUCUGAAAUGUCUGAGGUUGAACUUCUAUCACGCGUACUGCCGAUCGCCCUCACGGGAAGCGCCGCGACAUGGCGUCGGAGACAAUCACCCUUCUCGACGCUACAAGACUUUUCGGAGCAGUUCAAAAAUGAAUUUCUGCCUCCCGAUUACGGCGCGCGAAUGCUCGAUGAGCUUAGGGCGCGCACUCAGCACCGCGACGAGUCCCUAGUCGAGUUUGUUAGGGCGCUCCAAACUCUCUAUGACAGGGCUGACCCUAGUGCGUCCGACUCAGACAAGGUGUCGCGGGCUAUCCGGCAAAGCCACCCGCAGUUUCAUCCCUACCUGCGUGGGCGGGUGUUCCGGAGUUUGGACGAGUUGGCCCAAGCAGCCCACCAGAUCCAGGCGGACAUCCUGGCCGAACUAAGAUAUCGGCCUCCUCCACCGCCGGAGGCUUGCCUGGAACCGUCCUGCGCACAAGUGUAUGGCCCGUGCGGUCCAACCGGAACCCCGUGCCCACUACCGAACGGUGACCUGGGCGGGUCUACGAGACGUGACAAUCCUCGGCAUUUCAUUGAUCAUGGGAAUCCUAGCGACCAUGGUAUCAUGGGCAUGCCACCUCGACGCAGCAACACCCAUUCCUUCCGACGCUCUCGGAGCCGCUCCCGAUCCCCCCUACGCCCCCAAUUCAACCCGCGGGGCCACUCGCGCCGCGCCAGGCGACAUAACCGCCGUCAGCAACCGCCACGCACUGCCGAGGCUGCCACCUGGUGCGUGAUGGAGGCCGGUCGAAUGGUCACAUUCGCGUCCCGGAUGGCCUGGGAACACCAACCUCAAGUGCCACAAGGGACUGCACCAGAAGACGUUCCCCAUCCCUUCCGGCGACGGACACUGACGGAGCGCUGUGCUGCAGAUCUACCCGCCGCCUACGACGAGGAAGAAUAUGCCGACAUCUGUGAACUUUGCCGCGUCCCACUCAUUUCAUGCGAACAACAUCAUCAAGGAGCACUUCACCACGACCGAGAAGACCGCCAGCGGGCGCUGGUGCGAGCUGGAUCACGGGCCCUUACACCUGCCGACAUCGAGGCCGCCCUCCUUAUUGUUGGCCGUGCCUGCCCCGAACGCCUGCGCCGAACACUACCCUUACCACCAGAACUGGCGAACAUCAGACUCAGCGACGAUGAAAUUUAA